CGGCAACUCUGAGCCGAACGCGGUUCCCCUUUAACAACCUUAUUGCGACUUCACAUCUUUUGACUUCUUCAUCUCUUCUUUCUUUCAUGCGCUUCACAUCUCACGCCGCCAGCAAGAGAGUCGCCCGGAAUGCGUCGAACCACCAUCUUACUAGCUCGGCCCUCAGCUGUGGCGACAACCACAUAACGAAGCGUUAUGGCGUCAUUCCUCUCUGUUCGAACAUCCUUCCUCUCGCACACUUUCGACUGCUCUCGAUAUGGAGUUUCGAAACAUGGAGCGUGCGUUCAAGCUUCUGCACGCUACGGGUGCGGCGCCUCGGGCAGGCGGAUAACUGCCGGCUAACGAAUGGCGAUCCGGCAAUGACGCGCCCGCCGAGGUGACUUCCUCAGGGCGCGUAUGUACGAGGCGGCAGUCAUCAGAGAGCAAACAUUUCAAUGGCAACAGCUUUUAUUUACUACAUGGCCGCCUUGCAUCGCGACUCCCGUCAGGUAAGAAGCGCCCUCUGGC